ACUCGCUGUUAAGUCAGGUUCAAGAAAUAUGCGUUCAACCCUCGUCCCCGAAUCGAUCGGAUCACAAUCGACGCCGUCGGCGACUCAAAGACCGAUCACCAAUGUCUUCGAAUCGUCCACUGCUGUUUUCUGCGAAUCAUGUCGUAGCCCUUGUCGGAAAAAUUGUGAUUUCCGCCAAGAAAUGACGAUGGUGACUGAAAACCAGGAAUGGUCGAGAUUUCUGGGAAUGUGCCGAGUCUGGAUGGGGUAUGUGUAGCAAGAGAGGCCUCGGGAAGUUCUGUGAAGACGUAGACUGUCAGUAAAUUUGCAAUGACAGGUAUUGGAUGCCGUGAGAAAGGCAAGCGUCAACUUUUCCCGCUUACCUAUUCCUCGAACAGGACCAUCGCGAGCUUCUCGUGGCAGAUGAGGACCUGUGGAAGUAAAUUCUCUUUGAUCUAGUUCGCCUCGAUGUUCAUCGACGGGCUUCAGAUCGAAUCGGAUGUGGGUUGCUCCAUUUGCAAUCUUCACGCACGGAAGAAACUUGAUUGGGGCAUUUGCUGCACGAUAAUGAACAUCCAAUCAUUUCUCCCAUAGUUGAAAGAACUGUUGGGAAGAAGUUCCUGUGGUCAAUCUGCGUCUGCUGAAAUACCGCCGAUAGAAAAAUGGUGAAGCGAAGACGUUCGUCCGCGAAAGUGCAAGAAUCUAGUGAUUGCGCUGCAAGCGAUGAAAGCUCGAAUAGCAGAGAUCAGUCGGACGAAGAUGCCAGGAUGGCGUUCCAAGCUUUCAGCGAAGAAGUGGCCAACAAUCUUGAUACGUCAGAAUUCGGUGAAGUGCCUAUUGUGAUUGAAGGGAUCGACAACUUUUAUUUGCUCUGUGAUGACCGACCGAUCUCCAUCACAGAGCUCCCGUUGCUCAUCAAUAAAGAUGAUACAUUUCCUUCACACUGCUCUAAACUUGUUUACUUGAUGGGCAAAACGAGGAGCGGCUCCGGACAAAUCAAGCUACGAGCUGAGAUGUGGAAGUUGUGGGGCGUGGGCACUAGCUUCGGGCCUCGAUUCUCCGUUAAAACUCCCAAUGGCUGGGUAAGGCUGUAUGAUCCACGACCUGUUUACCGUAGAGUGAUGCAUGACGGCCUCACCCUUGCGCACCUUCUGCACUUCGUCAAAGGGAACCCGGAUGCUACCUUAGAGGAGAUACACACUUAUCUGGAGGAAGAAUUUGGGAAGUACAAAGAAAGGCCUGCAAUGCACAAGAUCCCGACGUUCUAUUCUGCUUUCAAAUGUUAUCUAGAAAAAGAGACAGAGGAGAUAAGGAAUGGGAUUCUGACUGAGAUAUUUCCAGUGCAAUUCUACGAGGAGCGCGUGGCCCAAGACAUCAACCUAAGCAAAGCUAUCACUCUGUAUUCCGACCCGGACGAAGGCCAUGAGGGGCUUGCGAAUAGCCAUCGAGAGAUUAUAUUAUUGGAAAAUCAGCACCAAGAUCCAAACAGUAGUGACAAGUCCCCAACGACACCUCAGAAUCUAAUUGCUGACCUCAAAGAUACACUGGAGACAUUGAGAGAAAUCAAUCGGUGUGAGAAUGAAGUUCACAAGUCGGUGAAAGAUGAACUUUACGAACUGCCUCCGAGAUCUGCAACAAAGCUGGCUCCUUACUUACCGUACCUGAGCUCAAACGAGGCUGCCCGCGCUGCCUUGGAGGCCGAAAAUCGACUGAACGAGGAAGAUCGGUAUGGUACCUUGACAGAAUUUUCGACAGCUGUUAUGACACAUGAUGAGGAGUCCCAACUCGAUCAGCCUUCAAAUGUUCAAGCUGGGAAGAAUAAAGGAGGGCAACGUACUAAGGGCCGACAGACUAAAUGGAAAACUGCUAAGUUUGUCAAAAAUUCCAAACUCGAUGAUCCGCCGAUUUGUAUCAUGUGUGAUGAGGGCGGUGACCUUCUUCGCUGCGAAGGCCCUUGUCAGAGAUACUUUCAUGCUGUCAAAGGGGUGACAGGAAAAGAGUCUCAGUGCAAAACUCUUGGAAUGACAUAUCGCGAAGUAAAGGAAAUGAUCAGAUUCUUCUGCAAAAACUGUCGAUCCCAAACGCAUCAAUGUUUCAUAUGUGGGGAGCUCGGAUCUUCAGCUCCAUCUCCUACUCUCGGUCAUCAAGAGGUUUUCGCGUGCCAGGCAUCAGUGUGCAGGCGAUUUUACCAUCCUGCGUGUGUGGCAGAAGCCUUGAUCCCCACACUCGAUUGGAGGUCCUUAGCGGAGAAAAUCCAAAGAGGCCAGGAGAGGUUCCAAUGUCCACGCCACACUUGUCGUGUGUGUCAUAUUGAAGAACUGAAGCCGGGAGACCUUGUCCAGUGCAGACGCUGCCCAAAGGCCUGGCACUACGACUGCAUUCAAGACUACGAGUUCUCCAAGGAGCUACCCGACACCAAAAUCUGGAAACACUUCAGACGGAACUUUGUAUUUUGCAAAGAUCACAAAAUAGUGCCAAAAUUCAUGACUCCAGCUCGUAACCACGUGCGGUUUCCAAAAUCGUAGUGCUGACUCGCAAUUGAGAUAGAGAAAAAAACCUGAUUAGAAGAAACUUUGGCGUAAGUAGAAGGUUCUACUUGUGAUCCACAGCAUCGACUGCAGUAAAAUGAGCAGCAGACUUCAGUAUUGUUCCUCGCAAGCGCCUUCGUGAUGAGCUGUCGCUUUCCUGUCAAUUGGUAGCUUGAACAUGAACACGAAUGGUGACACAAAGCGCAUCUACAGACUCACGUUGGAAAAGUUGUACGAUUGUAUGAUGUGUACUCCAUAACUUUUGUUACAACUAAAUUACAUAAGAUCACUCUGCUCGGAAUCU